CUUGCCCCGUUGAGCUGCACGUGCGAGGUGAAGUGAUUCCCAAGGCAACAUCUUUUGGUUCUGUUGAAAAAGGCUUUAGAACCAUCUGGAUCUUUUCGCUCACCAUGCCUACGGAGGCAGAGCUGCAAGAGUACCUUAGUGAUUUAUCGGAUUUGUCUGAGGCGAACGACCGAGGGAUUCUUAAAAAAAUAAUAAAGGAAGGAAUCGCAACUCUCCCCCCUUGUAAAGGCGAUACUGCUGUCGUACACUAUGUUGGAACCUACUACGGAGGGGAGCGACAUGAAGUCAAAUUUGACUCAAGCCGGGAUAGGGGUGAUUACUUCGAGUUUUCCGUUGGGGAAGGAAACGUUAUCAAAGCAUGGGAUGUAUGUAUUCCCACAAUGAAGAUAGGCGAAAUAUGCGAAUUAAUUGCCACACCGGCUUAUUGCUACAUGGAUGGGGAGUCUAGGAGAUUCGAGGUGGAGUUGUUCGAAUUUAAGGGCAAGGAUAUCAGCCAGGAGCAGGAUGGCAGUAUUUUAAUGUCAACUGUCCGCGAAGGCAGUGGUCACAUUAUUCCAGCUGCAGGCUCCGAUGUGGUUGUUAUCGUCAAAUCAAUAGUUGGCGAUUCAUUAUCUGAGGGACGAGAAGUGAGCUACGUAGUCGGCGAUUAUUCAACUGCGAAUUUGCCCCAUGGGGUGGAUUUAGCCGUUAGGAAAAUGAAGGCUGACCAGGUUGCCCGCGUCGCAAUUAAGGCUCGCAGCAUCAAUGAUAAAGUCUUGUCACGUUCUGGUGACGAAUCUCCGUCAAGGAUAACGUAUGAAGUGACCCUCAAGUCAGUGGACAAGCUCAAGCACUUGUCGUCUUUCAAAACGUUUGAUGAGCAGAUGUCUUAUGCUAAGAUGAUAAAAGACAAAGCAAAUGUCUAUCUAAAGGCAAGAUCAUUCGAAGGGAAAUAUGACCUUGCAAAUGAUAUCUACACUAGUCUUCUUGAGGAGCUCGAAUACCUUGCCGGUUAUGGAAUUGAGGAAAAUAAGAGGCUAACUUUAAUCAAUAUAUCAGUGAACCUAAACAUGGCUUUGGUACACCUAAAGCAAAACAGGCCCGAUUUGUGCUUGGAAAAAUGUAACAAGGUUUUCGUCAUGGAUGCAAACAAUGAAAAGGCUCUCUUCAGAGCUGGACAAGCUUAUAUUGCACAAAAAGACCAUGAAGAAGCUCUUGUUUUUUUCAAGCGUUUAGUUAAGUCCUACCCCAAUAAUACUGCGGGACUUAGCAACAUGAAAUCGUGUGAAGAAACUAUCAGGAAAGCGCAUGAAAAAGAGAAGCAGAUCUUCCGAAACGUUUUUUCUAAAUUGCAAAGUACAGGUUUUGAUGGAAACCAGAAUGAAAACAUUGUUUUUAACUCUUCAGAGAAGCAUGCUGGUUGA